AGGUACGCGCGUUCGCAGCUCGCUCGCGGAGGCCGGCGGUGGCGGGAGCGGACUCCGGCAAGUGAGAGAGCGCGGUGGGGCGGGGCGGGAGAAAGUGGCCGCCCGGAGGACGUUGGCGUUUACGCGUGGCGGAGCGGAAGAGUUUUGCUUUUCGUACGCGCCUUCGAAAGCCGCGCCUACUGUCGACUGAGGGGUCCGCCCGGAGCCUCCCCUCCUCCGCCCGCGGCCCCGCGUGGAGCUCGCCGCCCCGAGCCAGCGUGCCCGAAGUGGGAAGCGCGCUUGAUCCGUGCGGAGCGACCGGAGCCGCACCCCCCGAGUGACCAUGGCUACGCGGGUGCUAUCCAUAAGUGCCCGCCUGGGACCCGUACCCCAGCCACCGGCCCCGCAGGACGAGCCCGUGUUCGCGCAGCUCAAGCCUGUGCUGGGCGCCGCGAACCCGGCCCGCGACGCGGCGCUCUUCGGCGAGGAGCUGAAGCACCCGCACCACCACCCGCAGGCGCCCCCCGCGCCACCUCAGCCUCCGCAGCCAGCGCCGCCGCCCGCUGCGGGCCCGCGGCUGCCCCCCGAGGAGCUGGUCCAGACAAGAUGUGAAAUGGAGAAGUAUCUGACACCUCAGCUUCCUCCAGUUUCUAUAAUUCCAGAGCAUAAAAAAUAUAGACGAGACAGUGCCUCAGUCGUAGACCAGUUCUUCACUGACAGUGAAGGGUUACCUUACAGUAUCAACAUGAACGUCUUCCUCCCUGAAAUCACUCACCUGAGAACUGGCCUCUACAAAUCCCAGAGACCCUGCGUAACACACAUCAAGACAGAACCUGUUACCAUUUUCAGCCACCAGAGUGAAACGACUGCCCCUCCUCCGGCCCCAACCCAGGCCCUCCCUGAGUUCACCAGUAUAUUCAGCUCACAUCAGACCGCAGCUCCAGAGGUGAACAAUAUCUUCAUCAAACAAGAACUUCCUACACCAGAUCUUCAUCUUUCUGUUCCCCCGCAGGGCCACUUGUACCAGCUACUGAAUACACCGGAUCUAGAGAUGCCCAGUUCUACAAACCAGACAGCAGUAAUGGACACUCUUAAUGUUUCUAUGUCAGCCGCCAUGGCAGGCCUUAACACACACACCUCUGCUGUUCCGCAGACUACGAUGAAACAAUUCCAGGGCAUGCCCCCUUGCACAUACGCAAUGCCAAGUCAGUUUCUUCCACAACAGGCCACUUACUUUCCCCCCUCACCACCAAGCUCAGAGCCUGGAAGUCCAGAUAGACAAGCAGAGAUGCUCCAGAAUUUAACCCCACCUCCAUCCUAUGCUGCUACAAUUGCUUCUAAACUGGCAAUUCACAAUCCAAAUUUACCUGCCACCCUACCAGUUAAUUCGCAGAACAUCCAACCUGUCAGAUACAACAGAAGGAGUAACCCCGAUUUGGAGAAACGACGCAUCCACUACUGCGAUUACCCUGGCUGCACAAAAGUUUAUACGAAGUCUUCUCAUUUAAAAGCUCACCUGAGGACUCAUACUGGCGAGAAGCCGUACAAGUGCAGCUGGGCCGGCUGCGACUGGAGGUUCGCGCGCUCGGACGAGCUGACGCGCCACUACCGCAAGCACACCGGGGCCAAGCCGUUCCAGUGCGCCGUGUGCAACCGCAGCUUCUCCCGCUCCGACCACCUGGCCCUGCACAUGAAGAGGCACCAGAACUGAGCCGGCCCGCGGCUCGCACUCGGUCUGCACUUCGGGGCAAAGUUUUAAAUGACAAACGUAACUAUAUAUAUAUAAAAAGAA